GUACUUUCAUAGUUUCAUGGUUCAGCCUCUCAGUUCGAGCUCCGCCCCUGUAACUUUCCAGCAGGCGUCUUCAUCAGAGGCUCCGUGCUGCAAACAGACAAAUUUCAGGCCAAACCGAACCCACUUUUUAAUUCACGCUUGUCCACAUCUGCUCCGCUCUGAGGACAAACUUUCUGUUACUGUGUUUUAGAAGAGGAAACGACAGCAGUCGUGUGGAUCUACCAGCCUCACGCUGAGAUGAGAUCAGCCUUUGUCUUCUCUGAACUUCCUCGCUCACUUUACUCAUCAGGACCUCAGAAAGGAUAAAUGUGCAGCUCCUCGUUGUUAGCCACAUGACGUUGGACCCUGCACUGUUAUUUCGCCCUUUUCCAAAGGUAUUAAAACACUCAAAGACACAAUAAUCGGAAGUUCCAAUAAUUUUGUCACUUUGUUCAUAAUCUGGUCUUUGCAGAGAUCUGCUUCUUGGAAAGAAAAGCCACUGGACUUCUUUAAGUUUCAUCCGAGAAGCUUCUGUAGCUGUAAAACCAAACGGUGGAGAGUCCCUGGUAUUUAAACUCUACUGUUCUCCAUAAGAACGUCAGACAGUCGGUGUCAUAAGCUCCGCCCUCCGUCUAAAGAGGGUCGUUCACUCCGUCUUCCGUCCAAAAUGUGAAUAUUGGCAUCCUUGAAAGAGUGACCUUUGACUUUAGAUGCAGCACACACAUAUUAGUCAUGAUGAUGUCAUAAUAUAUCAGGCAUGAUGAAAGUUUUCUGGAUGUUAAUUGGUCAUUUUACACGAUGGGGGUUACAGGUUAUGAUGAUGAUGAUGAGACGGCCUUUAUUUAUCCGUUAACUGUGCCAAUCUGAACAUCACGAGUGUGUUUCCAAAACUGAUCAACAUUUAUUCUGUUUCUGUGAUCAGAUAAACACCUGGAGUGUUAAUCAGCCUUCACUGCACACUGAGAGCGAGCAUCAUGGGGUCCAACAGCUCAAAGCGUCUGAGGCAGAAAACAUUUGAAGGUCCCAAAAGACCAGAGCAGCGAAAGGAAUUUCCUUCUGCUGUGACACUGGUACAACCUCACCCAAGUGAGGAGAAGUUAUUCAAGGAGCUGCAACAAGUGGGGCUAAACUAUGACUGGCUCCUUCAGGGGCACCAAAGUCCCGAAGCUGAAAAAGUACUACAACCGCCGCCAAAUAUUCCACAAGUUAAAACGCAAGAGGAAAAAGGCACGCAAACGGACGAGGGAAGUCUCCUGAAAGAGUCGCCUGAGGAAAAAGGCACGCAAACGGACGAGGGAAGUCAUCUGAAAGAGCCGCCUGUCGCGACCUGGUCUACGGCAGAAAAGCAGAGCAGCGGCAGAGAAUUUGUGGAUGGCAUAAAGGCCGUAUGGACCCCAGGCGAGCUCUACGGUCUGUUAAGAGAUGCUCCUGACGCCAUCAAAACACCGAGCGACUUCCACAGGUGGCUGCGUUUCACCUGCAUGGUGUAUCAGCCGUCUCCUGCUGAGCUCAAAAAGUUGCUGAAGUUAGUUUAUAACUACAAGUGGGAAAAUGUGAAGGAACAUUUUGACUUGCCAGGAGUGGAUGGCGAGGCCAGGUGGCGACGUACUCGUGAUAUGACGGCCUGGCUCGACACACAGUGCGCCACCUCGAUUAAAAAUGCAGCCUGGAAUGACCCUGAAUUUGUGCCCCCUUGGUUGAUUCUUCAGAAACCCGGAGAGUCGGUAACAGAUUUCACUGAACGUUUCCACCGACUGUGGAAUUCCACUAUGAGUGAAGCAAAUGCUUUUCUGUUUAAUCUUCACCUUGUAGAUAAGUUGCAGCCUCACGUGGCGAAGCUUUUGAAGGAUCAUGUUGAGUGGGAAACUUUUACUUUUUCCAAGAUCAAAUUUAUUUUAGAAAACAUGGAGUUAAAGGGCACGUUUACCUCAAAACAUCAGCCAUCUGUGACUCAUCCGGGAGAGUGGAGAUCAGAUCUGCUGGCACUGCCAGAGCCACCUCGAAGCAGCCAGACUCGCAGGAAUAAGAAAAAAGAUCGCUGCUUUUACUGCAGCAAGUUUGGACACUGGGCCAGAGAGUGCAGAGCCCGACGUCAGUACUCACUCGAGUACAGUUCACAAUGGAUUGUUUUUGAGUGAGUAACUGAGCUUUGUGCUGUUGGAGACUUGUGGAGCAUUUUUAAUGACAUCAUGUGACCAAUAAUAUGGCUGCUGUGAGGUCACUGCACUAACAGAGCGUCCAAGGAGGCGGAGCUCCAGUUAGAAACUUUAGUAAACGGAUGCAAUUUGGCAAUCAAACAAGGAGUGCUGGAUGAUACCUCAGCACACUCCUGAUACAAACAAACGACGACUGUGAAAAGAAUAAUGAUGAAGCUUGAAGCUUGUUACGGUUUCAGAUAUCGAGGAGGGAUACAAAACAACACUGGUCACCAAACACGGCACACACGCUCCCUUCUCCGCCAACAACAUGUCAAGGGCCAUCCUAUUUUGCACUGCCAUCAACGAGGUCGGACCCAAUUGUUCCGCGAGCCCCUCCAUGGCGUCCCUGGUCAGGUUAGAGAGCCUCAGCACAUUAUAAUGGACAUAGUUUAUGCGGUCAACAUUUUUAUUCGGUGUUAUCCAUGUGAACAUACUUUCAAAUCCUGAAGCUAUUUGGUCUGCUAAUUUAUAUUCAUUGGGAACUCCUAUGGAAUCAAUCCAGGUGGGUGAAUUCAUCCUAGGGUCGUAGGCAUGUGCUCCCUCGGUCCCUCUCUUUGCCAAAAUGUGUCUCUUGCGCCUGGCUGCCAAUGUGCGUGUGUUUCUUUCUGGUAUAACCUUUGCUCUGCCCCCAAUUAGCACAAGUGGAGCUCCUAAUCUCACCAUUGCGCACAUUCCUACACUUCCUAUAGGAACACGAACCAAAAGAGUGUUAUGCCCACAGUAAUAAUACAGCCCACUUCGUGCCCAUGGUCCCAUCAAUGUGUUUGUGUCACUGACAUUAUUGCUCCUCCGCUGUCACACAAUCAGCAUCGAUCUCCUCCUAACAAUACACAAGCAGUUGUUUUAUAGCAUCGGGGUAUUAUUACGCACCCUGUUGCGUCAAGCAGAUACAUCACAUGCAUAAGUUUCAAAAACACAAAUGUUCUGUUAACGACUUCUGACACAUUUGAAAAGAACAUUUUCUCCGUCUCCAAAAUGCAGUUACAAGCUUGCAAACUCUUACCUAGAAAUGAGUCUACCUACUAUGUGUGUGUGUCUGGACCUCAAAUGCACUCUGUCUCACCUCGCCAACUAAACUCAUGACCUCUUACCAGACAGAAGCCACUCUCAUAUGUGUAACAACCUAACUGAAACUAUAUACGGAAUAUAUUGAAUAAAUGCUUUAAUCAAAUGCCACUACUCAAAGCUUAAUAAAAAGGAUAUAAACGAAUAAAAGAUAAUAAUGAAUAACAUUGCAUGUAUGUUUUGUAAGCGUGUCCUUCCGUAGCUCUAAGUCACUUACACAAUAGAUGGUCUGGACCUAGCGCCGGACGAAGCUUCUGACCUUCAAUUAACUGACUGAGCUUCAACUCUUUAAGAAGCACAAACUGCAGGAUGUGUAUAAAAAUAGUUAUAACUGCACCUGGAAUAAAGGUUAAUAUGGCGCCUGUAUGUUUAAACAUCUUAAUGCCGUCUUAAAGCCAUCUGUUAUAUUGUUAAUGCUGUAGAUUAUAUUGUAACAGUAAAAUAAUUUGUUCAAUUCCACAAGCUGAAAACAAAGGGUGACAUCACAGUGGCUACAUCCAGGUUCAGCAGAAGGUAAAGAAGGAUUAUUUUUAAUAGUGACUCAUGCAAAGCUGCUCUAGACUGAAACAAUAAAAAUAUGAAAUGAUCUAAAUGGGUCGAUCUCAAGUUCACUUAAGGAAGCACAGGAUCAUUUCAGGCAGUGUUUUUAGUUUUACUUCAGUCAAGUAAAAUAUAUUUGAAGACCUAGUUUCAGUUUACUGUGAUUGUGAGAGCUCACUGCUGUAUUUCACGUCCGACUGCGACCUGCAGUGAAACGCUGCAGAACAGAUUUUGGAGAGAGUUUCUCAUUUAGAAAACAAAAAGUCAAGGACAGAACGCUGGAUAGAAGACAGCUGCAGAUCACAAUGUUCUACAGAUAAGAAAAGCAGUGACGGCUCGGUGAGUCUGGAUCCUGCUCAGCUGCAGCUCCUGAACGUGCUCGUCGUCAGAUUUCUAAAUCUUUCAUUGUUGUAGUUUUGGUUUAAACUGGAAAAUGAAUUUCUGCUUUGCCCCAUAAUCAGAAAUCUUUUACACUUUUUGAUGUUUUAAAUUCUUUUGAUAGCUGACUCUGACUUUUGAUGUUUUCUUUUUUGUCGUAUCCUAUUAUUUCAUAUUUUUGGUCUCAUUAUUUCUCCUUCUUAACGUUGAUUAUUAUAUUGAAUGACUGGUGCCCUUGUCUGAGUUAGACUGUGUUAUCGUCUGAUUAUUAUGAGGCUUUUGCUUAUGGAUGGUGUAUUGUACUUUUAAUCUGCACUGAAGAUUUAAUUACAUGUAUGCUCACAUUUUUCAUUUGCAAUAAAAUGACUGAAAAGGC